GAGAGAGAGAGAGAGAGAGAGAGAGAGGUUGAAACGGCAGGAUUCGCGCUGCAUCCUGGGUACAAACUCCAGUGGCGAUGCAGUGAGUUCGUCGUGUGAUUGUGAAACCAAAGUAAAGUCACCGGAGGAGGCUUCGUCUUCACAAUGCGCCCGUUACGGUGCUGAGCGCUCGCGGUUUGCCAUGUAUCAACUUUGCCGGUCGUCUGGAAGCGAAAUGAGCCAGUGUUGAAGCCGAAAACGAGCCACCGUCGUCGGAGCGGCAGAGCGAGAAUGAAGAAGCCGAGCGCCGUGCUCCCCGCCGUGGGCUGGACCGGAGAAUGGUAGCGCGCUGUGGGAACCGCACUGCGAAGGAACAUGGUCGAGAGGAGCAGCAAAUUCUUGUUGAUCGUCGUCGGAUCCGUGUGUUUCAUGCUGAUUCUCUAUCAGUACGUGGCCCCCGGGGUGAUCACUUUCGGCUCCCCGCACGGUUAUUUCACGGAGGAGGACGAGGGGGACAUCUUCCCCACUCCGGACCCUCACUACGUUAAGAAAUACUACUUCCCCGUCAGGGACCUGGAGAGGACCAUCGACUUCCAAAUCAAAGGGGAGGACGUGAUCGUCUUUUUGCACAUCCAGAAGACCGGCGGGACUACCUUCGGCAGACACCUGGUCCAGAAUGUCCGCCUGGAGGUCCCCUGUGACUGCAGACCGGGCCAGAAGAAGUGUACCUGCUACCGGCCGAACCGGAAGGAGACCUGGCUUUUCUCGCGGUUCUCCACCGGCUGGAGCUGCGGCUUGCACGCCGACUGGACCGAACUCACCAACUGUGUGCCGGGAGUCAUCAACAAGAAGGAGAGCAAGCUAAAAAAUCAAAGGAAGUUCUACUACAUCACGCUGCUGAGGGACCCGGUGUCUCGCUACCUCAGCGAAUGGAGGCACGUACAGAGGGGAGCCACGUGGAAAACAUCUCUGCACAUGUGCGAUGGAAGAACUCCCACACGAGAGCUGCCGUCAUGCUAUGAAGGCUCAGAUUGGUCAGGAUGCACCCUGCAGCAGUUCAUGGACUGUCCGUACAACCUGGCCAACAAUAGACAGGUUCGUAUGUUGGCAGACCUGAGCCUUGUUGGCUGCUAUAACAUGUCCACUGUUCCUGAGAAGAAGAGGGCCCAGCUUCUCUUGGAGUCAGCCAAGAAGAACCUACGGGACAUGGCCUUCUUUGGCCUGACAGAGUACCAAAGGAAAACCCAGUUCCUCUUUGAACGAACCUUCAGGUUGCGCUUCAUCAGGCUUAUGCAGUACAACAGCACCCGUGCUGCUGGGGUGGACCUGGACAAUGCUACGGUCCAGCGCAUCGAGGAGCUGAACGAGCUGGACCAUGGAGCGUACGACUACGCCAAGGCGUUUCAGCAGCGCUACCAGUACACGCGGCAGCAGGAGCGACGGCAGCAGCGCCUCAAGAACCACAUGCUGCAAAACCACCAGCGUCUGGGUCUGGGCGUCAGUCUCUGGCCCUCCCGCAGCCGGCAAAGCUCCGUCUCCGCACUGGAGGAUGGGGAGGAGGAGAGAGAGGAGGGUGAGGAGGGAGUGAGAAUGGAGGAGGCAGGCGGCAGGCUUCCCACUGAGGACUACAUGAAUCAGAUCAUCAACCGCUGGUAGCGGCAGAACAAAUGCACACAGCUACAUACGUAAUGUGAAAUACAUACUCAUAAUUGCACACUGGGAGAGACGCCUGCAUCAAAGACCCAAACGAAUCACAGACGUAAACGGGGAGCCGGCUGUGGGGAUAGCAACCACGUGGUUGCUAUGGCGACCUGCAUUUUGCCAGUUGCAUCAGUCCAGUUGUUAUCAGCACCUGCUUGCCCUGAAUCCUCCUCAGAGUUUUUGCUCCCAUCUUCAUGUCACGCUGAGCAAGAGGAGAUAUAUUUUUGAGAGUUGCUGACAAAGAAGUAUCUUAUCUGUCGCACCCUCCUCCGCUGCCGGCGUUCCUCUCAUUCCCUGUGGCUUGAGUCAGAGCAUGAGAAAAGCAAAAUUAGUCUGUGAAUUCCCACUAACCCCUGAUGAGGACGAUUGUACUUUCUGGAUGCAGUGAUGCGAUUUUUAAAGGAACUGGGAAAUCAAUAAUGGAGAGCCGUUGGCUGAAUUGAACAAAGGAAAAUGCAGAGAGUACCAGGAAAGGCUGUACCUUGAAGAAAGAAAUGGAGAAUUGGACUAGACUGUGUAAUGAAGCGAGCGUUCUGCUUAAAAAAAAUAAAAAAUCAGCCUCCAUUUCACCCCUGAACACUUUGGUCUGAAAAGUGGCUCAUUCUCACUUUAGGAUGAUUUUAUUUCUAUUUUUACUUUGUGGUAAUGCUUUUUUAAAAGCCGAAUUGUAAUAAAACUGAGACCAAUGUUGAUGCAUAAGAAAAGUGAUUCCCAUUUAUUUCUGUUUGUUUUCUACGUAAAAGCUAAUUGAUUACAUGACACUACAAUGGACCAUAGCCUUACUGAAGCCUGGCAUCUUUUUUUUUUUGGGGGGGGGGGGGGGGGGGGGAGAACGAGGUGUUCCAUUUCUCUGUUUAAGGCUUCCACUGCACCUGGUGCUUAACUAGUUCAUUAUUUCUCUUUUUAGCAUCUCAGUCCCGCAGUGAAUGACAGCCAAUUACAGAGCUGAAGCUCUCACAUAGGUGCGAAAAAAUCAAAGUGGCAAGACGAGCACGUCUGCUGCUGCAGGUUGUUGCCAGGAACCAUGGCGAGUGACGAGCGCUUCGGAAGGCCUUAAUUCAGACACAUGCUCGAGAUGGGAGUGUGAAACUCCUGGUCACCAUGGCAAUGUGAGCCCUUAAUGUCGUGGGUGGCAUUUAUAGUUCCUCCUUUUCUAAACCAGGAGCUGCAUUGUGAAGCUGCAGUUUCAAGCAAGCCUCCGUCCCGCCUACUGAAAGGGUACACGCUCCGCCGGCGACCUGCUGUUUAAUUAGCAUAGCUGCUAUUUUACUUGUUUGUACGAGCGAGGUGGCAGCGCCUCAGCAUAUUGGAUCAUGCGUAUGGGCAAAAUAACUAUUGCAAGAUAAAUCGUCGGCAUUGUGCUACAAUAACUUCUGACUACUUGUGUGUGCGUGCGUGUGUUUCAGAGCGCGUGUGUGAAUAGUGUGUACAGUAUGCCUUUGUAAAUAGUGUGUCUAACUGACAGAGAAUGCCUGAUGCCUUUUAUGAAUGAGACAGUGAUCAUUUCCGUGACCAACCGUUUGCAGUUUUGGGUAGCUGAGGAGGGGCGGGGCAAUUUUCCCAACCGCAGGAAAUUCGUUUCGACAGUGUGUCGCAGCAGCGCGAUGUCACAGUGAUGCAAGCCAGUACUCUCUGAUUUCAUCUUUUUACUUCGAUUUCUUCCCUAAUUUCUUGUCUCCCUCCCCGUGUUGUGGAUCAUUAAGAAGACGAUUGAAAUCCCACUUACAAUAAAUAAACAAGUCUGCCCACGUGAUGGUGUGUUUUCGCCGUUGUCAGUAAAAUUACACUGAGCAAUAAGAGGAGAAAACCAGCGUGAGGGUGGAGGAGAGAAUGUAAAAGUAGGGAAAGAGGUGUGUCACAGCACAGAGUUUAUCAAACUGAAUGUAGCCCAGAUUCUGUCGUUCCGUGAAGAGUGAGAGGAUUCUUUGUAAUGAUGACAUGCUGCAUCAUGUUCUUAACAGCACACUUUAAGGAAGAGGUCAUUUAGCCACCUGUUCAAAUUCAACUCAUCACCCUGGAUGUCUUUCUUGCUGCUUUCAAAUCAGGAUGAAUCACUGAGAGAAAGAACAGUAAAGUGUUGAUAACGUUUUUGGGACAAAUCCACAGUCAAUGUGCCACUUUUUGUGUAGCUUUCCAAAUUAGGUGGGGGUGUUGAUACAGGAUAAAAAAGGCUCUCUUUUCACAUUAACCUUCCUUUCAUUGUGUUCUUGAGAGCGGAGACUUGGAAAUACAGCAGCUCCAGGCAUUUUGCCCACAAACUUUCUCUCUUUCUCUCUCUCUCUCUCUCGCUCUCGCUCUCUCUUUCUCUCCCAGAGUCACCUCAACAAUGUUUGGCAGCAAACCAGUAUCUGGUUGUGCAUUAGUUGUUACUGACUGAAUGCAGCGCUCUGCUCUCUACCACAUGAUGACUGUUUCCUUGACAAACAUUCAAGCAACCCUACAGAAACCUGAAGUGGUUUUAGACUGAAGGUGAAAAGAUUUCACAAAUUGAUGCUAUAAAGCUAUAUUUAAACAUUUUAUCUCUCAACACUAUGUGUAUCUGAUGUCUUAGUGUUUUCGUUAUGACUGAAGCAACCCAGUUGUCACUAUUGUAAUUUUUUUCUUUUAAAGAUAUGUUAAAGAGCGUGUGAUAAGUUGUUUUUUUUGUUGUUUUGUUUUUUUUGGCGUGCAGUCUGUCUCUGCCUCCUUCUUGUAUGCAUCAUUCUGGGUUUGUUUCUUCUGAUUGCAAAAACUGAACCAUCAAGCCACCAAUUAAAAUAUUUCAUUUUUUU